AUGGAGCGUUUCUUCGGUGCUCGCACAACGUUCGGCUUCGCCAUGACCAUGCCGGAGACACCCGUCGACUCCUUCAUCGGACAAAUGUCUUUCCCACUGGUCGACGGGGCAGGGUGGGGAGCCAUAGGGCUCACUGGCGACAUGGAGAACAAUUUCUUUCUUGCGACAUGGGCUGACGGCGCCGGUGGUGUGAUGGCCUCGUUCAGGCAAGGCACCAAUGAAGAUGACCCGCCAGAGGUGGUAGGCAACUUUGCUGUUCGCCCCAUUGCCGAGGCCACGGCCGUCAACAACUCGUUCCUUACCUUUACGUUCCUGUGCGAAGGCUGCAUGGACACCGCUCUUGGCCUUGGGGCAGAGGCUACCGGAGCCGAUGGGCUUGGCUUCCAUGAGCGAGGCUUCGGACCCUUCACAAUGAGAUUGGGGCAAGCUCGGAGCACAUCCUUCGAGGCGGUUGCGGCCCAGGCUGGAGCUCCCAUACAAGCUUCAAACAACGCGAGUCCAGUCGCACUCAAUGUUGCUGGUGGAGAGGGAGGAGACGACGAUGAUGAUGAUGACGAAAACGAAGGAGGCGGAGGAGGAGGCAACUCGGCGGCUGGGUCUUCAGACGACGACGAAGAAGAAGACGACGAUUAA